UCUAUACAUUUGAAUUCAAUCCCAUCCACCGCUCUCCCUCCCUCUCUCUCUCUCUCUACAUUCAAAAUGAAGAAAGGAACUAAGAGGAAAGCGAGGAACGACGAACAGCCAAAACAAAACAAGAAGCAAUACACUAAACCACCCAAACCCUCCAAACCCGACGAGUAUUUCGAGGAUAAGCGCAACUUGGAAGACUUGUGGAGGGAAACGUUCCCUGUUGGAACAGAGUGGGAUCAAUUGGAUUCUGUCUAUCAAUACAAGUGGAAUUUCUCUAACCUGGAAGAUGCAUUUGAAGAGGGUGGUGUACUGCAUGGGAAAAAAGUUUACCUCUUUGGUUGCACGGAGCCUCAACUGGUUUGGUUCAGAGAUGAAAGCAAAGUUGUUUGCAUACCUGUUGUUGUAGCUGUGGUAUCACCUUUCCCACCAUCUGAAAAAAUUGGGAUCAAUUCUGUUCAGAGAGAGGCUGAAGAGAUAAUUCCCAUGAAACAAAUGAAAAUGGACUGGGUUCCUUAUAUUCCCCUGGAGGACCGAGAAAGCCAAGUUGAUAGACUGAAGUCUCAAAUAUUUAUCUUAAGUUGCACCCAAAGAAGGGCUGCAUUAAAACAUUUGAAGCUGGAUCGUAUAAAGAAAUAUGAGUACUGCUUGCCUUAUUUCUACCAACCAUUUAAGGAAGAUGAACUUGAACAGAGCACCGAGGUUCAAAUAAUAUUUCCAGCAGAGCCAAAGCCGGUCUUCUGUGAAUUUGAUUGGGAAUUAGAUGAACUUGAGGAAUUCACUGAUAAGUUCAUUCAGGAGGAAGAGCUAUUGGAAGAUCAAAAAGAUGCCUUUAAGGAAUUUAUCAAGGAAAAAGUACGGGAAGCAAAGAGAGCCAAUAGAGAGGCAAGGGAAUCUCGAAGAAAAGCUAUUGAAGAAAUGAGUGAGGAAACUAAAGCUGCAUUUGAGAAUAUGAAAUUUUAUAAAUUCUACCCUGUGCAAAAUCCAGAUGCACCUGAUGUUUCCAAUGUUAAGUCUCCAUUUAUAAACAGGUAUUACGGAAAGGCUCACGAGGUUCUAUGAUAGGAUUCAAGACGACGUUAAACUUCAAAAUUUGCAGGUUCUUAUUGUCUGCCAUCAUAGAGAUUUAUUUAUCGAUGUCGUUUAGGAGGCAGGCUGGUGCUUCAUUAAUUUUUUAUUUAGCAGUGAAGGUGUCUGAAGGCACAUACAAUGUAAAAAUAAAAUGUAGCUCAGAAAUCACAGAUAAGUGAAGUAGAUGUUAAGAUAGCAGGAAUAUGAAUGAAACAUGUUUCCAAAUUCUAUCUUAAAUUUGCGGGGCUCUUGUUUUUUAUUCUCUUUGGGGAUUCUUUGUCCAUUGAAAAGUUGUAUGGCAGGAUUUUGAUUAGAAGCUACAUGAAGAAAUGAUUUCGCUGUUUAGGGAAGUCAAUUUUUUUCC